UUCAAAUAAUUGACUUUAAUGUCUCUUACAAAGGCAACAACCAAGAAGUAUCUUGAAUUGAAUCUAAUGUAUGUAUUCUUAUAGCUAAACAUUUUAAUUUUCGACCGGCCAUAUAACACGCAAAAAUUGGCCAUAUGUGAUCAUCUUUGUUUCCAAUGUGACAAAAUUAAUACGCCUAAACAUCCUUUUCUGUCACCCUUUACCUUAAAAAUUCCAAUCAUAUCAUAAUCAUCAUAUAUAAUAUAGUUUAUAGGCUUAUCUAUAACCAUAUAACAUAAGCAUAUAUACAAUCCUAUAUUAUAGCACAUAGCUAUAGCCUUAUCAAAUAUUGUACAUGUCCUUAACAUAGAAAAUUAUAAUGGAUGAAAAGCCAAUUUUGCAUGAUCUUGAAAGAUUGUACCUAGGAAUCCCAGAUGAAUCUGUUAACCUCACUUUUCAAGACCUUGCUAAUGUGAAAACAACCACUAAUAAACCUAUUUCUGAAGUUUCUAAUAAUGUUCAAACAAGGGCAAAUUCGUCAAAUCCACCUUCACUAGCCAAAUUACCAAGUCUUGAUUUCAGCAUAGGCUUGCAAUCCAUUCAACAUGAUCACAACCAUCAUGACAUUGGCCGUGGAAACUCACCGUGGGGUCAGUUUGGCCAACGAAUCGAGGAGAAUCGUGCACAUGUAUAUGUUAAUGAUCCUCCUCAAUUCAGUCAUGCAAGUGGGGGUGCAAAAAGUCCCCGGUCAAGGACCGGUGAUAAUUCUCAAUUUAGUCAUGCAAGUGCGAGUGUAAAAAGUCCUCGGUCAAGGAGCGGUGGAGAUGAUCAUUUAGCGUAUAGCAUGAGCUAUGAUGAUAUGAGUGGUGUUUCUGGAAGAGGUGGUGGACGACGACGACCUGGAAUUCCUCAUUCCAAGAUUUGCACCAUUUGUAGUACUUAUGUUUAUGUCUUCCGCACUAGAUGUUUGGUAUGCGGGAGAGUUUAUUGCAGCAGAUGUGUGAAAAUGGGAAUGGGAGAUAUGGUAGAAGGAAGAAAGUGUAUAGAAUGCCUUGGAUUGAAAUUCAGCCAAAGGUACAUAGAAAGAGCAGGGAAAGUAGGGUGUUGCAAUUGGAGGUAUCCAGCUUCAUUGAAACAAGCUGAGCUUAUGUGUGCUGAGAAAGGACCAAGAAGGAGUAGAAGAUCAUAUGCUCAACAAAGUGGAGUGGCAAAUUCAAUAUCAAGAAGUCCUAUGACACCAAGAAGCCCUAUAACUCCAAGAAGCCCUCAUGCUAUUGGUAGUACCAAUGAACAUUCUUUUAUGUCCUCCUCCUUUUCACCUUUCUCUCCUCAUCACAUUAAUAAUCUCCCAUUAUAAAAAGAGACAUUAUUUUUUUAUUUACAUAUCCUAUAGAGUUUCU